AUGAGCAACUUUAUCAACAAUCGUAUUGAACGUAGUCUUGGAAUCGACUUAAAUGGCGAUGGUUAUAUUGGCGGACAAGGUUUGAUGAGCCGAUUAGAACGUGCUACGCACAUCGACUUCAACGGAGAUAACAUGAUUGGCCGUCGUCCUGACUUGUAUUAUGGUUACCAAUAUCCAAGCUACGGUUAUAAUUCAUAUGGUUUUGGCUACUCACCAUACAGAUACUAUUAA